CUAACAGCUGGGCGAACGGCCGCUCCCCUCUCUCUCUCUACCUCGCCCUCUCGUUUUUUUCUACUCUCUCUGCUUCAUUUCUCCUUUCUUCUCCAGAGAACGAAAACCUCACUCUCUUAAAACCGCCGUCAUUCCUCGCCUCUCUCUUUCUCUCGCCUUCUCUCAUGUUCGUAUCCAAGAACCCACUCUAAUCGUUAGAGGAAAAACGAACCCAACUCCAAAUCCAUGGCCGCCCUGCACCUCUACUCUCAAUCCGUUCGUUUUCUCGUUUAAAUGGUGACGAUAAUGAAGAAAUCAAAAAUCGGGGUCGGGUCUAGGGGAAACUUAGACCGGGAAGACGGUAGCAGAGGGUGCUACGGCGACGGCGACUCACAGACCUAGGUUUUGAAAGGGAACAGAUCGAGCUUUGCAGGUCCAAGGUUGAUUUCCUUUAAAUGAGAUGGUGGAUAAAGCCUGAAACUUAUUGAACACAUUGUAAUUCUCAUGCAAUAAUUAUGACUUGUUAUUCUGAUGCUAAUUGUGAGUUAACAGUAAUUUUAAUACAAUGUGCUUCUUUAUUAUUAUUUGUGUUGUGCUAAAAGCUUAUAUUGGAAGCCAAUCGAUCC